UUCCGGGUCGCGUUUCGUGUCGGUGUGACGUUUCUUUUCUUGGACAAAACACAUCAGAAACGGGGCGCAUCAGUUGAAAGUUCUCCGGUUUCGGCGUCGGGGCUGGGCAGGUUCGGCGUGCUGGUGCUCUCGGUAAUCCGCAGAAGGCGGUUUUGGCCUCGAUCCCGGCAGCAGGACCGGCCAGCAGUGACCUGGGCGACGAGAGCCGGAGGGGAUGAGAUGGACGUCACUCUGUCUGUGUCCUUCCUGAAGGAGCACCUGAGCUCCACCAUCGAGGAGGCGGUGAGCACGGCGGUGGAGACGGUGCUGCUGGAGACGGCCCGGCUGCUGGGCGGGAAGUGGGCGGACCUGCAGUGCGCCGUGGCCGAGAAGGAGCGGGAGAACCAGAGCCUGAGGCGCCGGCUGCCGGACGAGCCGGAGGACGGGGUGGUCCGGCCCGUCAGGCCCAGCCUCCUGGGGGGCAGCCGCAGGAAGAGGCGCUUCCACAGCCGCCGCCUCGUCUCGGCGCCGCCCAAGGAGGAAGAGGAGGGUGGGGGGGAGGACCUGGCCUUCGGGGCCUUCCCUGUGCACUUCCCCCCCGAGCGCGAGGGCGAGCCGGGGGCGUUCGCCGGGGACCCCGCGGGCGUGGUCUGCGAGGAGGGCCAGGACGUGGGCGUCCAGGUGGAGUGGGACCUGUACGCGCCCGAGCACCACGACUCCCUGUCCCUCGCGGAGGAGGACGGCGCGGCGCCCUAUUACACUGAGGAUGAACUUCAGAGCCACGACCUUCGGAUAAUAUCCGUUCCCAAGGAUGAUGGGAUGUCCGAGUUCGAGUCCUCCGACUUCAAUGAGGAGUUCCUGUCCUUCAGCCCCCCGCAGAUGAAGACCGAGAUGCCUGGGAUGGAGGCCCUUCCGGGAGAGAGUGCAGCAGAGCUGGAGUCCGAGCAGGAGAAGGAGAGGUCCGGGGAGUACAGCGAGUACGUGGAGCAGAGCUUCUCGGAGCAGCUGCGCGGCCGGCUCGAGGGCCUGGCUCCGGAGGUCAUCCGCGAAUACGAGAAGGACUCCUCCUUCUGCGAGCUGACCCGCCGCAAGCUCAUCAAGAUCGCCGUGGCCUACCUCGUGGAGGAGUUUGGCUUCUAUCCCACCUCCGCACAGAAGACCAUGUUGGCUGAGCACAUCGUGGAGCUGUUCCCAGCACUGCGGCUGUGCGUUCCCUCUGCAGGAAUUAACGGAAUUGAGCACCUGUAUGACCCGGUGUCACGGACAGGGUACAUUGAAACCAGGCUGCGCAACUUCAGGAGAACGCUGGAGGCCGACAAGAAGAAGUAUGUGCUGAAGAGGAGAAGAGCUGAGCUGGGCAUCGUGGACUCCAAACCUGGAUCUAACGAGAAAACCAGUGAGGAGGCCAAGAAGUGGAUCACCCUGAUGAAGAAGACACGGCCUCUUGCUAAAAACCUGACCGUCAUCAAGAACUGCAUGGAGAGGACGUUCAGUGCGAGGAGGAAAUGGAUGGUGAGCAAAAGGCCCAGUUUGGACGUGGUCAUCGCAGAAUACCCACGAUUCCUGGAUGUGCCUUCAGCGAUCGAUUCGGAGUUCGAAAGGAUGUUCCCAGGCAAAGGAGAGAACUUUCUGUCCAAGUGGGAGACGUGCGUUCUGCCCAAAGUGCGCCAGAUCGCGGAGAAGGAGAAGCUGCCUGAGAUUGUCACCCUGCUGGAGCAGUCCCGCUCAGAGAAGGAAGAUUGCUAUAUGCUGACUAUGCUGAAGGUGCUCAUGCACAUGUUGCCACCAGCUAACAACAGCAGAGCUUCACAACCAGCCAAGAGCAAUACGAAGCCCCCCAUCAACUACCUUGUGGAUUUGGCACCAAUUGGAACCAAUAUUUCCACGCUGUUCUGUCAGCCUGACAUGCCCAGGGCCGGGUCCCACAGCCAGGCCAAGCCGCGCAUCCUGACCGUGGGCCCGCUGGACAGCCCCAGCAGGCGCUUCUUCGUCCUGGCGCCGGCAGAGAGGGUGGUGCUGCCCCUCCCGGAGCGCAGCCUGGGCGGCGCCGUUGACAAGCUCUUCAAGGUGCUGCGCGUCUUCAACCUGGGCUACCCCGCGCCGCUGGCGCCGCUCUGCAGCUUCCUGGAGUACAUGUACGGCAUCGAGAAGCCCGGCCACUCUUCCGGCGGGAAGAGGACCAAGGUGAUGGAGCUGGUGUCCAAGCUGCACAUGCUGCCGUGACGCGCGGCGGCCAGCCAGCUGCUCCUCCCAGGGGCCCUUUCAAAACUGUAGGAGUGGGGCGGCGCUGCUAGUUCCUCAGCCCUCGGGAAGCUCUGGGACAGGACGGGAGUUUAAAGUCACCCUGUCGCAGGAAGAGGCUGGCCUGUGAAUUGAGAAAUGUUUUUUAAAUACUUUGCACAGCAUUAGAAUUCUUUUCACGAAAUGCAUCUUAGUGUUCAUUAUUCAUUUAGUAUUUUCAGUUGAAUCACAUCUCAAAUCUGUUGGCUGCCAACGAGUAAUUUCACGUUCUGGCUGACGUGGGUGUGUCCAGGUGAGGCCACACUGAUGAGCUGUUCACUCACUGGCUGCACAAGGCAGUAGGAAAGCCUUGUUUAGGGAACCACGCACGGUUUUGGUAUUUGUUCUGAAAUUGGUCCAGAGAAAAGCAAACGAGGCUUUCUGGGACCUUUAAGGAAUAUCCUCCACUGCAGGACUGAUUAUGAACCUUUUUAGUUUUAAACAAAGAGGACUGCAAGGAAACCUGAUACAAGUAUCGAUAAAGCUCAAAGGCUACACAAUGGAUGUAUCCAGGAUAAACAGUGGACCUCAACAUAGGAUACAAGUGGAAACUAAUGGCAUAAAACUGAGAACUGGAGACUACUUUAUCCAGACGGUUUUGAAGUCUAGAACAAGCUACCUAGCCAUGUUGAAGCCUAUACCCUGGCUUCCUUCAAGAGCUGGAUGAGUUUCUUGGGUCAUCUGCUACUAAAUGGCAUAGCUGGGCUGAAUUGCCCUUCUCUCAUUUGUAACCAUUAUGUUUGUAAUUUGUUCUUAUCAUUGAAGGCAGGAGCUGUGUGCAGUUAGUUACCUAUUGGCUGCACAUGGUAAUUAAGCAACAUUACUAGUUUUACUGAGGUACUGCGGUUAAAAUUUCUUCAUUUCUAAAGGCGUCUUUACAGCCCUGUCUAUAGGGCCUGUUUUGAACGGACCAAUGCAGCUCAUUGAUUGGUGGUCAUUCAUUAAUAAUGGGAACGAAAAGCUUCUUGAAGUUCUAUGUAGACAUUGGCAGACUUUCACUUUUUUCAGUUAUUAAAUGUUUUAAACAAUCAUUUUAGUUUUAAUAUUUUUGCGAAGGUUGUUCAGAGAUUGUUGGGUAAAACUGAGUAUUGUAUAUGCUUUGUAUUACAAAUAUAUAUGUAUGUGAUGAAAUCAGUAGGUUUUGUAGAAGCAAGCUGCAUGAAGAUGGACAAUGAGCCAUUAUUCAAGAGUGUUAGGGGAGGCUCUCAUGAAACGGUGGGUGUUGAUGAUGAUGAUGAUGAUGAAAUGCAUGUAUACACAGGCAUACCCUAGUCAAACCCAUAUGAACAGUGUGGUGUGUGGUAUAAUGCUGGAAAGCAUAGAAAAGUGUGAUAUACCAUGAUUGAAAAUGGAAAGCCAAACCGAAACGGAUGUACAGUAAGAAAUCUAAAGACCUAGCAUCCUAAACUGGCAUGUGUUUGUAAGGAAUACUAUGUUUUACAGUGGAAGAUGCUAACAUAGGAUCAGCAGUAGAAUUAAUUUUGGGAUGUAACCCAUUUCUUUUCCAUAGGUCUCCUUUUGUGCUCAAAUGGACAUUAAACUUGUCAUUCUUGGUUUUUUUCCCAAA